GGAAGUAAACACUAUCCACACGCAGUUUCCGCCAUGUAUCCAGUUUGACGAGGUUUUGUUGUGCUGUUCACUCUGUGUGUUUUGUUCUUUAAAUUGUAGCUAACGUUACUUCUGCUCUAGCUAUGAGUGCAAUUAUUCCCCGGAUAGAGCAGCUGUCUGCCAGAGUUGUUCGGGUUUUGGGCUGUAACCCGGGACCGAUGACUCUGCAGGGAACCAACACCUACCUGGUCGGCACCGGGGAAAGGCGUGUGCUGAUAGACACUGGAGAACCUGCUGUACCUGAAUAUAUCAGCAGUCUGAAACAGGCACUGAGACAGUUCAACACCAGCAUCCAGGAGAUCAUCGUCACACACUGGCAUCACGACCACACGGGUGGGGUGGAAGAUAUCUGCAGGGACAUCACUGGUUCUGAGGUCCGAGUCAGCAAACUGCCUCGUGCCAGCCAAGUCAGAGAGAAAGCCGGAAACAAAAGCUUUACUUACCUGAAAGAUGGAGAUGUUGUGCAGACUGAGGGGGCCACACUCAGAGUGCUGUUCACCCCGGGCCACACUGAUGACCACAUGGCCUUGCUGCUGGAGGAGGAGCGGGUGCUCUUCUCUGGAGACUGCAUCCUGGGCGAAGGCACCGCCGUGUUCGAGGAUCUCUACGACUACAUGAAGUCUCUGAAGAUCUUGCUGGACUCGCAGGCCGACCUCAUCUACCCCGGCCACGGACCUGUGGUUCCGGAUGCUGGCUCUAAGAUCAGACACUACAUCAGUCACCGGGACCAAAGAGAGCAGCAGAUCCUGGCAGCCAUUCAGGAUGGAGCAGGAAAGCCUUUCUCCUCAAUGGAGCUUGUCAAAAUCGUUUACAAGGACACCCCUGAAUACCUGCACCAAGCAGCGAAUGUGAACCUGGUCCAUCACUUACAGAAACUGGAGAAAGAAGGCAAGAUCAGCCUGGCACACAAAUCUUCAGAGGACAUCAAAUGGAAGAGUAACCUGUGAUGUCCACAGAGACAGAGAAGAAAUGCACUCUUAAUUGACCAGUGGGCCAACAUAAUGGAAAUCCAUCUGGCAUAGUGUUUGUGGUUGAAUGCCUUAAUUCUGCUGAUUGACAGAUGUGUUAAUGGAAAUCAGGGAUGGUGGUCACACUUGUUGCCUUGAAUGUUUCCUGACUCAGGCUGUACAAAACAACAACAAUCAACAGUCACAUUCACCAGGACUGAGCUGCAGCUUGUGUCAAAGUUUAACAAGGCCAUACAAUGUCAGAAGGUCGGCUGAAUUUUGACUGUGGAAGAAUGGAAGACUAGUCCCAUGCCACAAUGUGAUGAACGUGUCAUAGUGCCCCCAUCUGCCCGUAUUCAGUUGCUCGUCUUUCUUUUCUACUUCUAGAAGGCUUUUCCCUAAUAACUUUUUUUGCUUGCGUAUGUUGCGGGAAGUUAUAUCUGGCUUUGUCUUGAUUGGGGACAACGUUUUGUUUUUUUUUCUUCAGGGAUUAAGGCACACUUGUAUGGAGGCACUUGGGUAAAGGAAGGUCAGUAGGAAGAAAUACGGCUGAGAGUAGAACAAUUAAAAUGUUCCCAGAGACUGCUGUGAAUUCAACCCGUCACUAGGUGGCAGUAUUUAAUAAUAAAUUUAUUGGGAGAUAACUUAAACAGUAAAUUGAAAUUUAACAACAUAUGCCAAACAUUACAAAUGUUUUGAAUUUGUUAAAAAUAAAAUCUCUAAAGAAUCAGAA